GUAAAAGCCCGGCCCGGCCCGGCCCAUGAACAGGUCUAGACGCUGGUUGUCUCCAAAGAGCUACCUUGGCUACUCCUUGUAAAGCCAUCCAAGGUUGGCUUCCUGCUUUCCUCAAUCACAUCAGGUGUGACUUGGUUUUGGGUCUUAAGAUCAGGUUUUGGUUAGAUAUUUGGAUUGGGUAAUCCCCUUUGGUGGAGAUCAUCCCCUCACUUUAUGCUUUGUCCAUCUUCAAACUCAAAGGCAGGGCAAUGACUGAGUUCAUUUGGUCCUCUUCCUCUCCUUCUGAGUUAAGUUGGAACUUGGAUUUUGUUAGGAAUCUUAGAGAGUCUGAAAUUCCCCUUGUUACCAGUUUGCUCCUUUUAUUGAAUCUAGUGGUUCUUGGGGUCGGGGGCAAGGACAACAAGGUUUGGAUCCUUGAGUCUUUUAGGACUUUCACUUGUAAAUCCUUCUUUUACUCCAUUGUAGCUUCCUCUCCUUCACCUUCCUCUUUCCCUGUUAAGGAAAUUUGGUGUUCUCCCAUCCCUCCUAGAGUCGGUGCUUUCUGUUGGGAAGUGUACCAUGGUUGUAUUAAUACUUAUGAUAAGCUUCAAAGGAAGAGGCCAAAUUGGUGCUUGUCCCCCAAUGGUGCAGCUUGUGUAAGCUUAAUGGUGCUGGUGCUCACAGUUGAGUUGAUAUACCUUUCUGCAAGGAUUGAACUUUUUUUUUGGAAGGGUGUCUUUGGACUGCCAUCUCAUCAUUACAAAUCCUCUUGAAUGUGGAGCCAUUGUUUAAGGCUGGUUCUUCAGGCUUUACUUUUCAUGAAAUGUUUGACAGUAACAUUCUCAGUUUUUGACUGUUUUGCCAGUGGUUGUCCCUGUUUUUUACUGGUGGUUGUCCACCAUAUAAGGAAAAUCCAGAAAAGAAAAGAUAAAGAGAAAGGACGAUGCAGUUGUUAUGUCUCUAAAUGCCAUAUUUUACACUUCAAUCAAGAAAUGCUUAUGCUCAAUUUUUGGCAAGUCAUGAAUGUGAGGAUGGGUUGGUUAAGCACAGGUCCCUUCCGCUAGUUUCUUUCUUUAAUCCAAGAGGGCGAUUUGCAGUUUGAGAAAUGGCCCCAGCUCUCUCGGUUUGUGCAAUUUGGGAAGAAAUUGAACGCUCAGAGAGCUAUCUUGUAUGUUCUAUGUUUGAGGAGGCAGCAUCCACAUCAUCUUCUGUUCUGAAGUGUCUCUAUGAUACUGAUUUCACUGAUUCAAUUGAAGAGUUCCAAUUGGAUGACGUGGUUGAAUCAGCUGGUAUGGUGUUGGUUCAGUCCCUCAAAGAAUUGGGGAGGACAUCGGAAAUGCUGAAGGAGCUUAAAUUGUUUUUCAGUUCAGUGGCAGCUAUACCCGUUCAAGUUGUUCUGACUGGGGCCUGCUUCCAGAUAUCAGAGGGUUCUGUUUCUGGACUCAAGGAAUUUCUUGAAGAGUUCCUUGGCAAGUGGAGAUAUGUCAAUGGAGAAUACUAUGUUCUGUCAAGUAUAGAUCAAAGUGGGGCUAAUCUUGAAAGAUGUCAGCAUCGUGUCUUGAGAGUCGAGCAAUACCUAGAACUUGUUGAGGUCUACGCAAUGACACUACUUGGGACAGUUUUAAAUGAUAUGGGCCUAGCCAUAUCAUGGGUGGAGAAAGCCGAGCUUCCUGAGGGGAAAAAACAAGAAUUCAUAAGGAGAUUACGUUCUUUGUAUUCUCUCACAGCCACCAACUCAUCAUGUAGUGUAGAGACACCUUUGUUAGCAGAAAGAAACAAUGCUUGUGCAUCUAGCAAAGAAUCAACUAUUUCUGGAUUUGAAGGGUCUUCAAGAACUUCAAAAGCUGGGAUUCCAUCAAGUGGAGAGAUAAAUACAAAACAAGCAACUUCAAAACUGUCUAAACAGAUAGGCUUGUGUUUGUGGUGGUUCCGCAACAUUACUCUGAAAAUUGGCAGUGCUCAACUGGUUAUAUCUCAUGGAAAGCUUGUGCUUUGGGCCUCAUUCAUUGUUUUCAUUUAUUAUGUUCUCCGAAAGAGGCAAGCUACUUUGAAAGGAAUUGUCAGCAGACAAGCUUUAAUUGUGAAAAAAUCUCUGGUAGAUAUGUGGAAGCUUGCAUUUUCUGUUCAAGUGAACCCUCUUGCUGCUGUCCAACCUCUCCCUACGACAGCACACAGAAGCAGGUGAAAUUCCCAUGUCAUCAGAUGUCCCUUCACAUCUAAGCCAUUGAUCACAAUCUGUAAAAACAUAGCAAAGGGAUCUUGUAUCUUCAAUUUCACAAAAUAAUAUCCUCAAGUUGAAAGCCACAUUUCUGGCCUUUGGUGUUUUUUUCCUGGGGCGGAGGGUUUCACUUUUGAGAUGAUAGUUGCAAUUCAAUUUCAGAGGUUUAUUUUUAUUGCUGGGAGGUGUGUUCUUAACCCCCACCUUUCUCCAAUGUAUUCUUUUUGUUGUUUCCUUUUAUUGUCUAUGAUAGGAUUUCAUUUGCUUUUCCUUUGUAUUUACUAUUUAGUGGUCUUUUAACUUGAUUUAUCAUCUUGGUGCGUU